AUGGCGCCCGUCCAGAUUGACAACAAGGCCCUGGUCGACUUCAACCAGAAGAGCCUACUCGAGUACAAGAACAAGAUCCUCACCAAGCUCGCUGGCGGACGUUCGCAAGCUGCAUGCUACGGUCUGGCCGCCACCAUCUUUUCCCUCGGCAUUUUCCGUGAUCUUCUCUACGAACGGGCCCUGCGCUUCCAGCCAGCCCACCCACUUCUCGCGUCCGAUGCGGUGACCUAUGUCGGAUACGCCCUCGUGGCAUGUGGCAACGUUCUCGUUCUCUCUUCGACAUGGCAGCUGGGCAUUACCGGCACGUUCCUCGGUGACUACUUCGGCAUUUUGAUGGAUAGCAUCGUGACUGGCUUCCCCUUCAGCAUUACCGACGCCCCGAUGUACAAUGGAUCCACCAUGAGCUUCCUCGGCGCCGCCCUCAUCUACGGCAAGCCCGCCGGCAUCCUGCUGACUGUUUGGGUCUUCAUCGUCUACCAAAUUGCCCUGCGCUAUGAGAACCCCUUCACUGCCGGCAUCUAUGCCAAGAGAGACCGCGAACGUGCUGCUGGCAAGGACACCAAGAAGAUUAGGUGA